AUGGCGAGGAUUCAGCUUUCUGCCAUAGCGGCCUUCGCAGUCUUCCUCGCGCUGGCCGCCCCCUCCAUUGCCGGCGACCCCGACAUGCUCCAGGACGUCUGCGUCGCCGACCUGAAAUCCUCGAUCAAGCUGAACGGGUUCCCGUGCAAGGCGGAGAUCACGGCGGACGACUUCUUCUUCGCCGGUCUCAAGAAGCCCGGCAACACAAACAACCCUGCAGGGUCGAACGUCACGGCGGCGAACGUGCAGUCAUUCCCCGGGGUGAACACGCUUGGUGUGUCAAUGGCCCGCAUCGACUACGCGCCGGGAGGCCAGAACCCGCCGCACACCCACCCGCGUGCCACCGAGAUUAUCUUUGUACUCGACGGAGUCCUCGAGGUGGGCUUCAUCACCACUGCCAACAAGCUCUUCACCAAGACCAUCACCGUCGGAGACGUGUUCGUCUUCCCGCGUGGGCUCGUGCACUUCCAGCAAAACAGGGGACAUGUCCCCGCCUCUGUCAUCGCCGGCUUCAACAGCCAGCUCCAGGGCACGCAAGCCAUCGCCACCACGCUCUUCGCUGCCGCGCCGCCAGUGCCUAGCGACGUGCUGGCCAAGGCCUUCCGGGUCGGUACCGAAGAGAUCGACGCCGUCAAGGCCAAGUUUCAGUAG